UAGUGACAUUUUCACCCUCACUCUUGAUUGCGAAGACGUAAAAACGGCAUUAAAGAGCAUCAGUAUUUUUUACCGUCGCUUAUGAGGUACUAUCAAUAUCUCUGCACAUCGGCAAUAGAAGAGCCAGCUGCAACUCUAUGGUCCUGUAGUAGACCCUUCAAAACAUUGUAGAUGUUCAUGGGACUGGCUGAGUUUCUCUAAUAUGACGACACAACAAUCCCCCAGUAAGAAUAAGCAGUGCAAGGUACUAUGGAAGAGCUUUGCUAUGAAGGUCGUUGACCCCACAGAGUGGAUGCUGAAUUCUUUUCAGGCAAUCCAACCACGCUAAUCUUCCCCCUCUUUCUGAUCUUAUAUGAAYGAAAGAUGCGGCGCGCUAGUAUGGAAUUUGUCACACAAUCAUUGAUUGAGGACGGUGGUUUGAUUAUUGCGAUUGUUGCAAUUGUGCUGGUUGAUGUAAUAUAUUUAUGGUAUACUAAGGCUCUUAUCUUGAACGUUCAAGUCAUCAAAUUGCGUAAUCUAGUGAGUCUACUCCUCAAAUCUGCGACUCGACCUGCUUGGAGUCCUUAGUUCCCGAAAUGGGACACACCACAGACUAUAUGUUUCAGCAUGKAGCAGGUAAUUUUUUGGUGGAAUGGUCGUCAUGUCGGAACAACAUUUUUGGUUGAACCCUAUGUAGAUCUUAUCGAUGUAGCCUCGGUAGGACUAAUGGAAGAAGCUGCCGUUGGCUCUGAUGUCGGAUCAGACGAAGGGGUAGAGGUAGGGRGGGUGGUAGGGGGAGUUCCAGGAGCUGGGAUAGGCGGAGUCUCRGGAGCUGAGGUAGGUGGAGUUCCAGGAGGUUGGGUGGUUGGGGCAGGUGAUCGAUUGUACUUCUUGCUAUCCUUGGCAGCCUUCUUUGGAGACUUUUUGGAAGUCUUCUUCGGCGACUUGUCGGAAGUCAUCGGCGACAUCGUUGGAUACUUCGUGCGAGGCAUCGAAGGGGAAUAAUAAUUGCUAUCUUUCUUGCUGUCUUUCUUGCUGUCUUUCUUGCCGAUUUUGAGAAUGCGCAUAUUGCCUCCGAGAAUGGUGGAGGCAUCGGCUAUAGUUAUUAUGGCAGCAAUGCCAAAGCCCACUGCUACUUUGGUGCGGAAGCUCUUCAUCUUCGUUGUUCUGCGGUACAAUAAAAGUUUCGCAUCGUCCUUUUUUGAAGAAGGGAGAUUUUUUUGCUGAAAGAAAGGAUGAUUAAUUGCAAUUGCGUUUUGACGUUCUGUUUUCGAUUUGUGAACAACGAAUUGUCGUGUCGCCUAAAAUUCUGUGUGAUUAGGAUAGUAUUACUGGUUUUUAGUCACAAUUUCAGUUGUUGAGUGGCAGGUAGGUCCGUUGCAGCUCUGCAGGCUKUAUAGUCGCGUAAAUCGCAUGCGAUUCUGAGACUAGGAAAAAUAAGCUAUUUUCUAGAAG